CGGGCACCGCGGCGGUCGUGUGGGCGGCUCGGACCGAGUGCCCCGCCUGCGUGUGCAAGCCUGCGCUGAGCUGCGGCGCCGGCGCGCCGAUCGCGGCUGCGGAGCCGCCGACCUGGCUGGAGACCAUGCUGGGCCACGCCGCCCUGGUGCUGGUCUUCUUGGCGGGAGCGGCCUGCGGCGCGGUAAGCCACUGGUUGGCUAGCCGCCGAGGCCAGGCGGAGCGCCUCCAGCCAGUGAGGAUGGCUCAUCCUCUGAGCGCGCUCGGCGUCGUGCCUGGCGACUUCGUCAUGAUCCGCUACGCGGUCGGCGGCAGGCGCGUACGGCACGAGAGGUUCGUGCUGGCCGUGGCCUCCGCAGCGCCGUGGGGUGUCGGGAUCCUCGCUCCCGAUGGUGACGCCUACUCGGAGGUGCUGAUCGGCGGCGCCGACGUCGCGGCGGUCGCGCUGUGCGCCGGCGGGGCGGCUGGAGGCGCUGCAGCAGGGAUCGGAGGCGACGGGGAGUAUCGAUUCCGCGCGGCGCCUCUCGCGGCGGCCAUCGCCGCGGCCCAGCAGGCGGUGGAGGCGGAGCUCGGGCUGCCAGCCGGCGCGGCGGUGCUGCCGAACGUCGGUGGGCGCGCGAUCCCGGCGGGCGUUGCCGCGGUUGCUGUGGGGGCCGCCCCGGCGGCUGGCGGCGGCGCGGCGGCUGGGGUUGGCGGCUUGGCGGCGGCUCUUGGCGGGCCUGGAGCUGGCGGAGGCGCGCUGCUGGCACCAGCAGCCAGUGACGGCUUGGCUGCUGGGGUCGGCGGCCUGGCGGCGGCUCUCGGCGCUGGCGGAGUCGGCGGUGGCGGCGCGGCGGUCCCUGGGGCCAUCGGCGGGGCCGCCGGCGGCGGCGCGCUCGUGGCCGCACCCGCGGCGGCAGCCGUUCCUGGUGCUGUGCCUCUUCUCGGCGGCGACCUGAGGAUCAUGGCCGUGGCCCAUGACAUCCGUGGGGAGCGGCAUCGUGAUUUCGGCGACGCCGUGCGUUUGCUCGUGGAGGCCCCGUUCAGCGACUGGCCGAUCGGCGGCCCGAGGACGCUGCUGUGGGUGGCGCUCUUCCUCCAUCGCGUUGCCGGGUCUCCGAUGGCGCGGCACCUGAAGUGGUGCACCGACGGGCAGCUUCACGAUGACGAGCCAGGUGUCGCGCACCCUGAGUUCAUGUGCAGGUUGACAGAGGUCGGCCUGUGCUACGACCAGUUGCACAGCUCCAACCUGGCUUCGGUGGAGCUCGUGGCGAGGGCCAUUCAAACCGCAAGCGAGAGGUAUCCGCACCGUUUCGAGAGCGAGACGGACUUCGGCGUGAGCGUGAAUCUGAUGACGGGCCUCUCGCACGGUCGCCGCCACCCGUGCGCGGCUCCGCUGCUUCGGGAUUUCGUCUUGCAGCAGCUGCAGAAGGAUGCGGCCGCAGCGAAGGGGCGGCGCAAAGCGCGCGAGGAAUGUGCUCUCGCAGCUGGUGGAGCCGAUGCUGGACCUGAGAGGCCUCGGAAGCCGAAGCCCAAGAAGCAGGGCGGCGGGCGCGGUGCGUCCGCCGCGGCGUCAUGGCGCCAUCGCUGCGGAGCGGCCUGGGGGACCGGCAGGCCGUUCAACCAGAUGAUCAUACCGGCUCGGCGGACUUGCACCGCC